AUGCUUUCGAGCGCGCUGCAGAGGAGACUUCUGUCGGUGAAGCAGCUUGAUUCCGAGCGAGACAACAGAGAACGUGUGCUGAUCCUUGGUUCCGGGUGGGCCGGUUACAACCUCGCGCGCCAGCUGGACCCAAAAAAGUACCAGCCGGUAGUCGUAUCGCCUCGCUCCUACUUCGUCUUCACGCCCCUCCUUGCAUCCACCUCCACCGGCACGCUCGAGUUCCGCACCGCGCUUGAACCCGUCCGCAGCAAGCGCACACGUGUCACAUACUUCCAGGGAUGGGCCGAUUCGGUCGAUUUCAAGAACAAGACUGUGGCCGUAGAGGAAGCCGUCGAAGAUCCGCACCAAGGCCUUGCACUUACGGGGGACCGCCACGAGGGCGAGUCGCCCGCCGAGCGCAGGGCAGAAAAGGCCAGGGAGUCGAAGAAAGGACAGCUCUUCGACAUCAGUUACGAUAAGCUCGUCAUUUCCGUGGGGUGCUACAGUCAGACGUUUGGCACUCCAGGAGUCAGGGAGAACGCCCUGUUCCUGAAGGAUGUUGGUGAUGCGAGAAAAAUCCGAAAUCGCCUGCUUGCUUGCUUUGAAACGGCUGCGCUGCCCACCACAUCCGAGGAAAUGCGUAAGAACCUCCUCAACUUUGCCAUCGUUGGAGGUGGUCCUACUGGUAUCGAGUUCUCCGCCGAAUUGCAUGACAUAAUCCGAGAGGACCUUUCCAAGCUCUACCCCGACCUCAUGAAGUACUACAAGAUCACUGUUUACGAUGUUGCGCCAAGGGUCUUGUCCAUGUUCGAUGAGAACCUCGGCAAGUAUGCGAUGAAGACUUUCAAGCGCGAGGGCAUUGACAUCAAGACCUCUCACCAUGUGGAGGAGCUACGUCGGGGAGUACCGACCUCCCAGUCACAGUUGCCUGGCGUUAAGGAGCCAAGGACUUGCUGGACGCUGAAGCUGAAAGAGGAAGGCGAAGUGGGCGUCGGUAUGGUGGUGUGGAGCACGGGGCUGAUGAUGAAUCCCUUCGUCGAGAAUGCUCUCGGACAGGCGCAGCCAUUGCCGGAACGGGAAUUCCAACUUCAAGGGAAGGACGGCCGCACAUCGAGCGACACGUGGCUGGUGAAGAAGAAUCCCAAGACUGGAGCUGUCAUCACCAACGACCAGUUGCGAGUCGUCCUCGAACCACAGGGCCAGGGAGAGGAUGGCAAGUCUCGGGCGGUCCUGGAAGACGUGUACGCCCUGGGUGAUUGUGGAAAUAUUGAAAACACCACGUACCCCGCGACUGCACAGGUUGCAAAUCAGAAGGCCGUAUGGCUCGCCAAGAGACUCAAUCGUGGCGAUAUCGAAGGCCAAGGCUUUACGUGGAAGAACAUGGGCGUCAUGGCUUAUAUUGGCAACUGGAGAGCUGUUAUGCAGACUGGCGGUGGCGGAAACAUCUCUGGCCGUGCUGCCUGGCUGAUUUGGCGUGGGGCAUACCUCACCAAGGCCGUCAGCUGGCGCAACAAGGUCCUCAUUCCCGUGUACUGGUUCAUCAACUGGGUGUUUGGCAGGGACGUGUCUCGGUUUUAG